AUGCACCGACAACUUGUUAGUGUUGUGAUCAUCUUUGUUGCUUUUCUCAGUGACUUUGUGCUCGCCUGGUAUGGAGUCGUGACGUUCUACCAGGACACGGAGUUUGAAGGAACUGACUUCCCGUGGGGGAUCACGAUGACCCAGCGCUGCUACAACCUCGGUUGCUUCAACGACAAGGCCUCCUCCGUCAAGUGGGAAGGUCUACCGACUACUGGGGUGUUCAACGGCCAAGCGCGCAUUGCCUUCUUCACAGGGAAGGAGUGCACUGGUGACAGCCGCGAUUGGCCGACGGACGGCGUGAUCAACGAGAAGGAAGGGAACUACCCGAUGAAUUUCAAGCUAGAUGGGAUCAACGACGCAAUUUCUUCGUUCAUGAUCUGGGAAAACAGCAAGAAACCCACAAACGGCCAAGAUCUGUCGUGCCCUUGGGGCAUUAGCUAG